AUGCUUACUUUGAAACCUGGCAGCAACCGGAACAAGAGCAAGAACAAAUCGAGUAUGAAAAUAAUGAAGCGUUCAUGUAUGAUUACGCUUCACAAUGUCCGAGUCCCAUCCAAACGUAUCCGACUUAUGCAAUGUCAUACCCACACUAUCCUUCAUGGUGUGUAUGAUCAAGGGAUGAUUUUGCGAGAAACAUUCUCAUGGAUCGCUGUUACGAGAGGUCUGAGAUACCAUAGUUUUGAAGGGUGGCGAGCUCGGGAACUGGGGGAAGAUUUUAUUGAAGAGUGCAUGCAGAAGUUGUUGGACAGAGUAGACUCUCAGGAUCAUCAACCUGGACUCAGCCCCAGCACGUGCCAAAAUGAGCCACAUGAGCCAUAUGAGCCAUAUGAGCCACACGAGCCUUCACUCCGUACCCAUGGCACCAAUCAUCCAAUUUGGAGUUUUUCUCUCGAUUCUCCAGUUUCAGUUGUUGAGCCAAGGUUGAUCCAGGGCUGA